UACUGUAAACAACAGGGACGUGCGCCGACCCGGAAAUGAAAACUGGAGCAGGCCCGGAGCAGUUCAGAAGGCCCGGUAAAGCGGGGUGCGGGCUGCUGUAGCCAUGGCCGUGGCCGUGGCCCUGGCGGGGGCUGUGACCGGAACGGAGCUAGGCCCCGCGGAAGAACUCGCCAAACUCGAGUAUCUGUCUUUAGUGUCGAAAGUUUGCACCGAGCUGGACAAUCACUUGGGGAUCAACGACAAGGACCUGGCUGAAUUUGUGAUCAGUCUUGCUGAGAAAAAUACCACCUUUGAUACUUUUAAGGCUUCUCUGGUCAAAAAUGGUGCUGAAUUCACGGAUUCUCUUAUUAGUAACUUGCUACGCCUCAUACAAACCAUGCGGCCUCCAGCAAAGCCUUCUACUAGCAAAGAUCCAGUUGUUAAACCCAAAACUGGAAAGGAAAAGCUGAAGGAGCUCUUCCCAGUGCUUUGUCAACCAGACAACCCUUCUGUCCGGACCAUGCUGGAUGAGGAUGAUGUGAAAGUCGCUGUGGAUGUCCUGAAAGAACUGGAGGCCUUAAUGCCCAGUGCGGCGGGCCAGGAGAAGCAGAGAGAUGCGGAGCACCGAGACAAGACAAAGAAGAAGAAGCGGAGCCGGAGCCGUGACCGUGACCGCGACCGCGAGCGUGACCGGGAGCGGGAGCGAGACCGUGAUAGAGACCACAAGAGGAGACACCGGUCCCGCUCUCGGUCACAUUCCAGGACCCGGGAGAGAAAUAAAGGGAAGUCUAGAUAUCGGUCUAGGAGCAGAAGUCAGAGUCCCCCCAAAGACCGGAAGGACCGGGACAAGUAUGGGGAGAGGAAUCUGGACAGAUGGCGGGAUAAACACGUGGACCGCCCUCCCCCGGAGGAGCCUGCCAUUGGGGACAUUUACAAUGGCAAAGUUACCAGCAUCAUGCAGUUUGGAUGCUUCGUGCAGCUAGAGGGAUUAAGGAAGCGGUGGGAAGGCCUGGUGCACAUCUCUGAGCUCCGGCGAGAAGGCCGUGUGGCCAAUGUGGCUGAUGUGGUGAGCAAAGGCCAGAGGGUCAAAGUCAAAGUGCUCUCCUUCACUGGGACCAAGACCAGUCUGAGCAUGAAGGAUGUGGAUCAAGAGACUGGUGAAGAUCUAAAUCCCAAUCGACGACGAAAUCUUGUUGGGGAGACCAAUGAAGAGACUUCAAUGAGGAAUCCGGACAGACCCACUCACCUCUCCCUCGUCAGCGCCCCUGAAGUAGAGGAUGACUCUCUGGAGCGCAAGCGCCUUACCCGCAUCUCUGAUCCAGAGAAGUGGGAGAUCAAACAGAUGAUCGCUGCCAAUGUCCUUUCCAAAGAAGAGUUUCCCGACUUCGAUGAAGAGACUGGCAUUCUCCCUAAAGUGGAUGAUGAAGAAGAUGAAGAUCUUGAGAUCGAGCUGGUUGAGGAAGAGCCUCCAUUCCUGAGAGGGCACACCAAGCAAAGCAUGGACAUGAGCCCUAUUAAAAUCGUUAAGAACCCGGAUGGUUCCCUCUCCCAAGCAGCAAUGAUGCAGAGUGCCUUAGCCAAAGAAAGGCGGGAACUCAAGCAGGCCCAGCGGGAAGCUGAGAUGGAUUCUAUUCCCAUGGGGCUCAACAAACACUGGGUUGAUCCUCUGCCUGAUGCGGAAGGCAGACAGAUCGCUGCCAACAAGGGUAUCGGGAUGAUGCCCAAUGACAUUCCCGAGUGGAAGAAGCAUGCUUUUGGGGGCAACAAAGCUUCUUAUGGAAAAAAGACCCAGAUGUCAAUCAUUGAACAGAGAGAGAGCCUGCCCAUCUACAAACUGAAGGAGCAGCUGGUCCAGGCUGUUCACGACAAUCAGAUCCUGAUUGUUAUUGGAGAGACAGGAUCUGGGAAGACAACGCAGAUCACCCAAUACCUGGCAGAGGCAGGCUACACUUCCCGGGGCAAGAUUGGAUGUACCCAGCCCCGAAGAGUAGCGGCCAUGUCGGUGGCCAAAAGAGUGUCGGAGGAGUUUGGUUGUUGCUUAGGCCAGGAGGUGGGCUACACCAUUCGGUUUGAGGACUGCACCAGCCCAGAAACAGUCAUCAAGUACAUGACAGAUGGGAUGUUGCUGCGAGAGUGCCUGAUUGAUCCCGACCUCACACAGUAUGCAAUCAUCAUGCUGGAUGAGGCGCACGAGAGAACAAUUCACACUGACGUGCUCUUUGGAUUGUUGAAGAAGACGGUUCAGAAACGGCAGGACAUGAAGCUGAUUGUCACCUCAGCCACAUUGGAUGCAGUCAAGUUUUCUCAGUACUUCUAUGAAGCUCCCAUCUUCACCAUCCCAGGUCGAACAUAUCCAGUGGAAAUACUGUACACAAAGGAACCCGAGACAGAUUAUCUAGAUGCCAGCUUGAUCACUGUCAUGCAGAUCCACUUAACAGAACCACCAGGUGACAUCCUCGUCUUCCUGACUGGUCAGGAGGAGAUCGAUACCGCGUGCGAGAUCCUAUACGAAAGAAUGAAAUCCCUGGGACCGGAUGUCCCGGAGCUGAUCAUCCUGCCCGUGUACUCUGCUCUCCCCAGUGAGAUGCAGACCCGAAUCUUUGACCCGGCCCCACCUGGCAGCAGAAAGGUCGUGAUUGCCACCAACAUCGCAGAGACCUCGCUGACCAUUGACGGCAUCUACUAUGUGGUGGACCCUGGGUUUGUGAAGCAGAAAGUUUACAAUUCCAAGACUGGCAUCGACCAGCUCGUGGUCACUCCAAUCUCUCAGGCUCAGGCAAAGCAGCGAGCUGGCAGAGCCGGGAGAACGGGCCCAGGGAAGUGUUACAGGCUGUACACAGAACGUGCCUACCGAGAUGAAAUGCUGACCACCAAUGUGCCGGAAAUCCAGAGGACCAACCUGGCGAGCACAGUGCUCUCUCUCAAGGCCAUGGGCAUCAAUGACCUGCUGUCCUUUGACUUCAUGGAUGCCCCUCCGAUGGAAACCUUGAUCACAGCCAUGGAGCAACUGUACACACUGGGGGCCUUGGAUGACGAGGGCCUGCUUACUCGCCUGGGCCGCAGGAUGGCAGAAUUCCCUCUGGAGCCAAUGCUGUGCAAAAUGCUGAUCAUGUCUGUGCAUCUGGGCUGCAGUGAGGAAAUGCUGACCAUUGUGUCCAUGCUGUCUGUGCAGAAUGUCUUCUACAGGCCCAAGGAUAAACAAGCCCUUGCAGAUCAAAAGAAAGCUAAAUUCCACCAGACUGAAGGGGACCACCUCACCCUGCUGGCUGUGUACAACUCCUGGAAGAACAACAAGUUCUCCAACCCCUGGUGCUAUGAGAACUUCAUCCAGGCUCGUUCGCUGCGUCGGGCCCAGGAUAUUCGCAAGCAGAUGUUAGGCAUAAUGGACAGACACAAGCUGGAUGUGGUCUCCUGUGGCAAGUCCACAGUCCGAGUGCAAAAGGCCAUCUGCAGUGGAUUCUUCCGGAAUGCUGCCAAGAAAGACCCUCAGGAGGGCUACCGGACACUGAUUGACCAACAGGUGGUCUACAUCCACCCUUCCAGUGCUCUCUUCAAUAGACAGCCAGAAUGGGUGGUGUAUCACGAGCUGGUACUGACCACGAAGGAGUACAUGCGUGAGGUCACCACUAUCGACCCCAGGUGGCUUGUGGAAUUUGCUCCAGCCUUCUUCAAGGUCUCCGACCCGACCAAGCUAAGCAAGCAGAAGAAGCAGCAGCGUCUUGAACCCUUGUACAACCGCUACGAGGAACCCAACGCUUGGAGAAUAUCCCGGGCCUUCCGACGGCGCUGAGGGGUGACACUUCUCUGUCUGCCUCUCCUGCAGUGGGGGCCCAGGGCUUGGACUCCCUUUUAUUGACGAAAAGCUGGUCCUGAGGAUGCAGCCGUCCAGUGACUGAAUAGCUUCACUGGGCAUUUUCUAAACUGGAUUCUUAUUUCUUCCCUGGUGGUCAAAAUAGAAACAGGGAUUUACGCCUGGUUUGACCAGAGCCCCCAGCCCUGACCACCUCAAGGCACUGUGGCCAGCUGGGGCUCGCAGCCAGUAUGGGAGUACAUGGCAUCAUCUCCACAAAAUGGGCAACUCGUGGAGCCCUAGGAUGGGAAAACGGAGUUGCGAGCAUCUGAUGCCCAGACGCAGUGAGGGCCCUGACGCCCGAGCUGGGACUCUGGAGGAGGGGGCCGCGGAGCUCACUGACAGUGUUGGCCCCACUUCUGCCCCUGCCCAGCCCCUGUGCUUUCGCUUAACCUCUUGGAAAUAUUUAUUUUCUUAAGGAAACAUAAA